AUGUACACAAUUAAAAUAUUUCUUUUUAUUGUUCCUCUAGUAAUUUCUUCCAGAAUUGAACCAGACAACUCAUCAUUUGAUUCUGUAUCUCCGGAGCCAAAAUCAAGAUUUGCUAUGUUAGAUGAUGUCAAAAUUUUAGCUAAUGGCCUCCUUCAGCUGGGACAUGGACUUAAAGAUUUUGUCCAUAAGACUAAAGGCCAAAUUAAUGACAUAUUUCAGAAACUCGACAUAUUUGAUCAAUCUUUUUAUGAUCUAUCAAUUCAAACCAACAAAAUCAAAGAAGAGGAAAAGGAACUAAGAAGAACUACAUCCAAACUACGAGUCAGAAACGAGGAGGUGAAGAAUAUGUCACUGCAACUCAACUCAAAACUUGAUAGCCUACUAGAGGAGAAAACUGCACUUCAACACAAAGUCAGUGCUCUGGAGGAGCAGCUGAGUAAUUUAAUUCAAAGCAAACCUGGGGCUCAGGAGCACCCGGAAGUGACAUCCCUUAAAAGUUUUGUAGAACAGCAAGAUAACAGCAUCAAAGACCUCCUCCAUACUGUGGAAGAACAAUAUAAACAACUAAGUCAACAGCACAGUCAGAUAAAGGAAAUAGAAAGUCAGCUCAGAAAGACUGGUAUUCAAGAACCCACAGAAAAUUCCCCUUCUUCUAAAUCAAGAGCACCAAGAACUACUCCCCCUCUUCAGCUGAAUGAAACAAAAAAUAUAGAACAAGAUGACUUUCCUGCUGACUGCUCUGCCAUUUAUAACAGAGGUGAACACACAAGCGGUGUGUAUGCCAUUAGACCAAGCAACUCUCACGUAUUUAAUGUGUACUGCGAUACCCAAUCAGGUAGUCCAUGGACACUAAUUCAACACCGAAAAGAUGGGUCACAAAACUUCAAUGAAACGUGGGAGAACUACAAAAACGGUUUUGGGAGAUUUGCCGGAGAAUUUUGGCUGGGCCUAGAGAAGAUCUAUGCCAUAGUAAAGCAGUCUAACUACAUCUUGCGACUUGAGCUACAAGACUGGAAAGACAGCAAGCUCUAUGUUGAAUAUUCCCUUCGCCUUGGAAAUCAUGAAACCAAUUACACGCUACAUGUGGCUGAGACUGCUGGCAAUGUCCCUGAGGCACUCCCAGAACACAGAGAUCUGAUGUUUUCUACAUGGGAUCACAGAGCAAAGGGACAGCUCUACUGUCCAGAAAGUUACUCAGGAGGCUGGUGGUGGCAUGAUGUAUGUGGAGAAAACAACCUAAACGGUAAAUAUAACAAACCCAGAGCCAAAUCUAAGCCAGACAGGAGAAGAGGAAUCUAUUGGAGGCCUCAGAAUGGAAAAUUACACUCUAUCAAAUCAUCCAAAAUGAUGAUUCAGCCUACCAAUUUAAAAAGCUUUGAAUGA